UGAUAAUUUUUCGUGAAUGUGCGAGAAAACACGAGACUUAUGAUCAUAACAGUCAUGGCGGCGGUUGGAUGUGUCACGACGUCAACUUCGAUGUUUUACAUUUACAUCCUAUUUUCAUGGAGAAUACGAAUCCAAUGUCUAUACUUAGUGCACUGAUGGAGGGCCACAUUGUGAAGGAAUUUCAAAAUCUGCGAGUUUUCUCAAACAACAAAUUCGUGAGGAUGGAUGAGCUGGUGCAAGAUCUGGCAAGUGCUCUUGAGGAGACGGCCAGGAGCACCAAGUCUCAGUCCCGUGAGAGUCAACCCUCAGGGUCAUCCUCCAAACGCUGCAGUCGAAAACGUAAAGGAAAGAAACGGCGUACAUUUAUUGUUGAUGGAGGAAACAUUAGUGAAGCCUCUGAAAGUAGUGUUGAAGAAGCUCUGAAAGAUUACAUGGAAAAUAUCAUCCAGCAGAGUGAUUCAGAUGAUAUUGGUAUGUCAUCAACAGUGGCUAGACUGACAAUGCCAUUAAACUUCAGUUAUGUGCCAUCAGUUGAAUCUGAUUCAGUGACAGAAACCUUUUCUCCCAGACGUCCUCAGCGUCGAAGGAAGAAAUAUAAGUCUAUGGCAGUAGACACUGAUCCAGACAUCAUGAUGCAGCCACCUAUGCAUCCACCAAAACCUUAUCAGCAUCACCAUGGCAGUGAUGGGGCGCUGCACAACACAUCAGUCGAUCAGGAGCUUGAGACAUCCCUGACACCUCUCUCCAGUAAAGACAAUAAUGGACUGUUAGUCUCGGUGUUGCCAGGAAAAAGGAAAAGGAGCUCCAAAUCAAGGUCAGACUUCCUUUCAGGAAACAGCAGCAGCAGUCAUAACAAACCAUCUAAGAAUGAGGAUACCAUGGACAUGGGUUCACAAGAGAGCAGUUCAAGUCUAAGCAGUAGUGAGAGUGAUGGCCUUAUCACCAAUGAUGAAGGUAGAGAGGCUGAUGAUGAGCAGAGUGAUUUUUUCUAUGAGGGUGGUCCAGCAUGUGGGAUUCCCGGUAUCAUUCCAUGGUGGGAAAGUGAUGCAGGUCAGCGAGAAGUUGAGUCAGAUAAGGAGUUCCAGCAGAUACUGACAGGAACAUUUGAACACCUCUCCAAAUCCUCACAGAUGGCUUUCAAAGCCAGGGUGUCCAGACUCAUGGCAAAGUCUGGCAGGGAAAUUCGCUUUGGAAGAAGAAAGUUAAAAGAAAAGCAUCCUGGUUACACAGUAUCCAGAUUUCUACAAGAUCGACAAGUGUGGAAUUCAAUGCAGGGAGUGAUCUCCCCUGUCUGGCAGUCUAGUAACAACACAAGUUCCUGUAAUGAUAACUCCAAACGUCGCAGGAAUACGCCCCCUCCUACCCCACAGACGGAAGGUUUCAUUGGUAAUGAGGCUGAGCCUAUCCCUGAUACAAACCUGGGUAGCAAGAUGUUACAGGGCAUGGGCUGGACUCCAGGUUCAGGACUGGGAUCAGACGGAAGUGGCAUAAAAACUCCAGUUAUUGCCUACCGUCGCCCACGACGUCAAGGUCUUGGCUGUCGGAGUGCUACAAAGCCACCUGAUCAUUCUUAAAUAUGUGAAUGAAUGGAUGUUUUUAAAACUAGUGGAUCAAUGUUCCAUUUGGCUGUCUCACAGUGAUGUAUAUUAAUUAUCAUGUUUAAUGUGCUCCAUCAGGAACCCAUCGUUUUAUGUUAGUGUUCUAUACUUAUGACACCUAGGUAAUGAUAUACCAAUUACUGUGUUGGAUCCAAUUAUGGAAUAAUUGUAGGUGUAGUUGUAAGGCCCAGAGUGUGAUAAGUUUGAAUUUAAGACCCAUACAUACAUCUUGUUUUUACUAUUUAUGAAAUUAUACUGACUAUUUUACCUGAAGGUGCCAGGAAGCACUUUGAAACAGAAUCUGUGUUUAAUACAUGGCAGGUUUGGAAACGGUCCAAAAAGUCUAGUAAAGAGUGAUCACUAGAUAUAGGCUUGGAACAACAAUGCUCCUGAUUUUCCUCGGGUGAUGUGAAAAUGGAUUUGUGGUUCCCAAAACAACUUAUUUUACCUGCAGUAGUUGAUAAAACCUUAUUUUCAUUUGAAAAUAUACACAAUUAACAGUUUACUGGUAAAAAGAAACUGUUUAACUGCCCCAUCAUUAUAAGAUUUGUUUAAUUGUCCCAUCAAUAUGAUAUUUGGUAACAAAUGGCAGCUGCUGGUACAUAGUAGGAAAUCAGUUAGUGCCAGAAAUGACUAUUGAUAGUUAUCUGUGGAAAAUUGGAUUGGAUAAAAGGACCCAAACAAAUAAUCUUUUUGAAGAUUUAUGUCUAAUCAGACAUUUUUUAUGCUAAAUUAACACUUGUUAAUAGUAACAGUGUGACUGUAUCCCACAUUACAUGGGAGAUCUUUGUUAAUUGUACAUGUGUUUGGUAUAAAGUAAAAUGUUAGGAAUCCAUUUGUAAAUACUGGUUUGAAAUCCCUUUUUAUUUCCUACAUUGUACAUUGAUUGUAUGAGUGUGCUGAGGAUGCUAUUUUUAGAACACUUUAGUUAACUGUUUUGCCAGCCAUGAAAUUCUGCACAUUUAUUAUAUAUAGCUAUAUAUAGUGAAACUUUACACAUUUUUGUUAUGAAUCAAAAUCAAUCUAAUUAAAAAUUUGACUUUUAUUUUCUGCUCCUCUACGAUACUCUACAAUUCACUACAAUAGAAGUUCUAACAGUUAUCAGCGGGUCAUCUCAGCAUAGCCCUGGAGCUCUGCAUGCUGCCAUAUUGUCCAUGUGAUUUGAUUCAUCAGAAGUAUGAAUACUUACGUAAUGUUCCCGAGGUAUUCUGAUAGUCGAUAGCAAUGGUACACAUUAUGGCUUGCACACUCCAACAUCACUGAGUACACCUCAACAAGUUUAGUUUAACAAAUAAGUGAUAUCUGGGUAGUUUUUCCUGAGAGAUGGACAGUGAGGCAACAGUGCUGUGAAAAAUUAUUUGGAUUGAAAGGGGAUGACACAUACAGUUACAAUUUUUCAAGUCCUGCAGCAACACUGUCGACGAGACAUUGUAUAAUCUUUUGUUCUUCUUUCAAUGUAACGCCCAGAGGAUUAAUAUCUUUUUCGAUUACCUUGCCCAUUAAGAGAGUACACUUAUAAUGUUUGAAAAAUUAAAAAGAAGACACAAAAGAGGGCUUGUAAGACUCUUUGUCAUUGGUUGACUAAUGAUGUCAUUGACAAGUUUUCAUUGGCUUACAUUUGAAGUUGAAGAUCAUGCUGAGAUGACCUUCUGUGGGGUGUUGUUAGAUUUUGUAUUGCAUUGUAUCGUUAUGGUAGAGAAAUGAAAAUUACAAGUCUUAAUUAUAGAUUGGUCAAAACCUAGAUUUUAAGUAUGUUUUUAAUUUCUCUUUUAAGAAUCAUGUAUGCAUUUCCCAAAUGCCAUGUGUGCCAAUUUGGGGUUAGAGGGUGAGGAUCAUUAUAAUGAAUGAGCUCAGAAAGAAAGUCCCCUUGGUGUAAUUCAUAUGAAACAUACCAACCUGCGAUUUUAUGACCUUCUUUCAUAGAAUAUAAAUAAAAACAUUGUGAUUUACAUAAGAUAUCCCCUGGCAUUUACAGAAGUACAAUGUACUGCAUUCUGUGAUCAACAUCAGCUAAACCUACAAAAAGUGCUGAAAACUCCUUCAUAUUGUAUACACAGAUAUGCAUGUUGAUUCAUUGAAAAUGUUAGGUAUGUUGAAUAGAUAGCUGUAUGAUAUCUCACAUGAUAUCUCACAUGCAACCAUGGUUUCCUAACCUAUAACUGAUU